CGCCCCAACCCUUUUGGCCAUCACCCCCCAAAUAAACAAGGAAAACCACUGGACAAUGCCCGCGAAACAAAUUGCAAAUUCGGUCUAAAACCAAAAAAAAAAAAAACAAAGCAAAUCACAAAACCCUACCAAAACAAAUCAGAAAACCCAAAUAUCACUCUCUCGCUCACUCCACCGUGUCACCGCCGUUGGCGUCUCCACCUCUCCAGUCGAGAUCAUGGGAAAGUCAACUACAAUGUUUGAUUAUUUCAAAAGACAAAAAACAGAUAAUUUAGAAGCCAAAACUGAUGAUCCCACGUUGCCGAGUGCCAGUGUUGAUGAUGUCCCAAUUUCUGAAAAUCCCAACUCAUUUCAUAGAGUUUUGGAGAGCUCAUGUGAGGAUGAUCAAGUGCUUGACAAUUUCACUUCUGAACAAAUUGCAAAUGACCGGCUGCUAUUAAAGGUCACCAUUGAUGUUGUCAAAUUGCUUGCAUUCCAAGGUCUUCUGUUUGAUGAUUUCACUGGUUUAAUCAGUCACGAAAAAUUCCGUUCACUUUUGGAUAUGGUGGCAUCAUUUAAUGAAAAGGUUACUGAAGUGAUGAAUAGAGCUCCUGAGAAUGCGUGUUACAAAUCACCUGAUAUCCAAAAAGAAAUUUUACAUGUUUUUUCAAACAAGGUGAGAAAGGCAAUUCGUGAAGAAAUUGGUGAUGCAAAGUUUUGCAUAAUUGUUGAUAAAUUUUAUGAUGUGUCAUGGAAUGAUAUAAUUGCUAUUGUUUUAAGGUUUGUAGACAAAGACGGCUUUGUGCAGGAACGUUUUUUUGGGUUAGUUCGUGUCUCUAACUUUUCGGCAUUAACCCUAAAAGAUGGGAUAUAUUCUGUUUUGUCUCAUCAUUGUCUAAAUAUCCAAAAUAUUCGAGGACAGGGGUAUAAUAGGGCAAGUAAUAUGAGAGGGGAGUGGAGUGGAUUACAAGCUUUAGUUUCAAAUGAUUGUCCAUAUGCUUACCAUGUCCAUUGUUUUGUACAUUGCAUGCAAUUAGCGAUAGCGGCAGCAUCAAAGAACGUUAUCCCUGUUCAAAGUUUUUUCAUGAAAUUAACUUCUGUUGUCAAUGUUGUUGGUGAGUGUAAUGAGAAACUAAAAAGUUCUUAUGCUGCUGAAAUUGCACAUAUGAUUGACAUGGUUGAGCUUGAAUCUGGAAGGGGAUUUGAUGAGAUUAGCACUUUGCAAUGGGCUGGAGAUACUCGUCGGAGUUCUCACUUGAAAUCGUUUUCUAGCUUGAUAAAAAUAUUCAAUCCAAUCUGUGAAAUUUUACUUGAGGUCAUUGAUGACGGAACUAGUUCCCAACGAGGAGAGGCAGACUUAGCUUAUGAGGAAUUGACAUCAUUUGAAUUUGUGUUCAUUUUGCAUCUAAUGAAAGAAGUUAUGGAGAUCACUAAUUCGUUUUGUCAAGCUUUGCAAUGCCAGUCUCCAAACAUUUUAAAUGUCUUGCAUUUUGUUUCAUUCACUAAAGUACUUAUCCAAAAAUUCAGAGAUGAUGGAUGGGAUGGCUUACUUACCACUGUGAAAUCAUUUUGUAAGGCAUGCAACAUAGAUGUCCCAGAUAUGAAUGCUCGUUAUGUUCGGUUUCGAGGUGUAGCUCGUCAUCAAAAAGAUUACUUUACAAUUGAGCAUCAUUACCGAGUAAAUAUUUUUAAUGCUACAAUAGAUUCUAUAGUUCAAGAAUUAAAUCGUCGGUUUAGUGAGCAUGUAGUGGAACUACUUCGUCUUAGCUCAGCUCUUGAUCCUAGAGAAGCAUGUGAAUCUUUUAGAAUCGAAGAUAUUUUAUUGUUGGUAAACAAGUUUUAUCCACAAGACUUCACAGACCAUGAAAAGCAACAACUGAAAGUGGAACUUGAUCAUUAUGAGCAUGAUGUAGUUCGGCAUCCGGACUUCAAAAAGCUGUCAACUAUUUCUGAAUUGUGCCAAUGGUUGGUAAAAACUAGAAAAUCAAUAGACUACCAUCUUGUUUAUAGAGUGGUUAUACUUGUGCUUACUCUUCCAAUUUCUAUUGCAACUACGGAGCGAGCAUUUUCAGCCAUGAAUAUUGUCAAAACUUGGCUUGUAGACAAAGUGCAAGAUGAUUUUCUGGCGGACUCUUUGAUUUUGUAUAUGGAGAGGGAGACUGCUGCAAAAUUUAGUUUAGAAUCAAUCAUCGAUGAUUUUCAAGAUUUCAAAGAACGUCGAGUUCCAUUUUGAUAGACAGCCAUUUGUAGAUAGCGAUCACUUCAUCCACAAGGAUUUUAUACCACAAGAAUAUGCUAUACUAGUACCUGUUUUUACCAGUGCGGUGAGUCUCUGUUUCUUAUGUGUGUUUAUUGGAUUAGUGAUGCUCAGAUCCAAAAAGAAGAAGGCUUGAUGCAAAAUUUCUUCCAUUUUUCACUUGUUCGGAGGGUAACUUAGAAAUUUACUUAUUUUCCUUGUUUGUUUUUCCUCCCCCAACACAUUUUCUAGUCUGGAUGAUUGUUUAGUUUUGAAUUUGCUGCAGCUUGCAGAUUUUGUAUAUCGGUAUCAUUUCUAAUACUAUUGGAAGCUCACAUUUCAGUCUAUUA